CGCAGCAGCUAGCAGACGCCGACCGAGCACCGGCCGAUCGAUCGGUUCAGGUUCAAUUCAAUGGCGCCGGAAGAGAUCAGAGAGCCGUUGUUGAACCGGAUCGCGGAAUCGGCGGAUGACGAUGAUGAGUUCUACGGCGGCCACGACGAGGGCUGCGCCGGUUGCAGAGUCGAGCUUCUCAAACGCGCCGAUUCCGGCGUUCCGGUCAAGCACGUCUUCUUCAUUUCCGUUGUCACCCUCUGCGCCGCUCUACCAAUAUCAUCCCUCUUUCCUUUCCUAUAUUUCAUGGUCAGGGAUUUCCACAUUGCAGAAAGAGAGGAAGAUAUUAGUUACUUUGCUGGAUAUGUCGGUUCAUCAUUCAUGUUGGGAAGAGCUUUGACAUCUGUACUCUGGGGAGUCAUCGCGGAUCGAUAUGGCAGAAGGCCUGUGGUAAUGUUUGGCACAAUAACAGUGGUCAUAUUCAAUACCCUUUUUGGCCUUAGUGUGAACUACUGGAUGGCUAUUGUCACAAGAUUUCUUCUUGGAAGUUUGUGUGGAAUAAUUGGUACAAUGAGGGCAUAUGCUUCUGAAGUUUGCCGGAAAGAGUAUCACGCUUUGGGCAUAUCUGCUGUUAGCACAUCAUGGGGUAUAGGUUUGGUGAUAGGACCGGCUAUAGGUGGUUAUUUUGCUCAGCCUGCAGAGAAGUACCCAAAUGUAUUCCCUGAAGAAUCCUUCUUUGGGAAAUUCCCUUACUUCUUGCCUUGCCUUAUGAUAUCUGGCGUUGCAUUGGUCGCGUCGGUCAUUUCCCUCUGGCUUCCGGAAACAAUGCACACUCAUAAGAACAGAAACAAAGGAGGGGAUGUUUCUCCGGAUCCUAAACAAGAGGUUCCAACUUAUCGGAAAAGUCUAAUGACGAAUUGGCCUUUAAUAUCAUCAAUUCUUGUCUAUUGUGUUUUCCAACUUCAUGAUAUAGCUUAUUUGGAGAUCUUUUCUCUAUGGGCUGUUAGUCCAAAGAAGAUUGGGGGGUUGAACUUUACAACUGCAGAUGUUGGUCAAGUUCUUGCCAUUACAGGCAUGGGACUUUUACUCUUUCAGCUUUUUGUGUAUCCAUUGGUGGAGAAAGUUCUUGGGCCUGUCAUGAUAUCGCGUGUCGGAGCUGCUCUAAGCAUACCAUUGCUAUCAAGUUACCCUUACAUGGCUAUGCUAUCGGGUUUGUGGCUCUCCUUAGUCCUGAACUGUGCGUCCAUGCUAAAGAACGUCCUCUCUGUAUCUAUCACUACGGGAUUAUUGAUACUUCAAAACCGAGCAGUUUGCCAGGAGCAGAGAGGAGCUGCCAAUGGGAUUUCAAUGUCUGCAAUGUCUCUUUUCAAAACAAUUGGCCCAGCAGCAGGGGGUUCCAUAUUAUCAUGGUCACAACGGCGUCAAGAUGCCAAAUUUAUGCCAGGGGAUCAGAUGGUCUUUUUCGUCCUAAAUGUGAUUGAAUUGCUGGGGCUAAUUAUGACCUUCACGCCAUUUCUCCGUCUACCUGAGGACGACGAGGGAGAAGACGACAAUUCAAAACGCGACAAGGCUUCUGAAGAGAGCAAAAAGCAAGAGAUCUUUGCAUUGCCUGAACUACCAUAGUAGUACUAAUAACUAAUAAACGAGUUCAAAGUUAGUAAUUCAAAAGUAGCUAGUUUGGUGUUUGGCAUAGGCCAAAAGCUUUGAUCCUCUACAUUGGGAAAAAAUGUGAUCACAGCUCACAAGUGAAGUGGUAGUUUUCUUUCCCUUUUUUUCAAGUCCAAGGGGAAUAAUAUUCAAAUAAUGUAUCAUUCAUGGG